UUCUUUUCAUAACAUGCUGCUCGUUUUCAUGGGGGUCUCUGUCUUUUGCAGUCAUUGCGUGGAGCAAUAAGCUUGUUCUCCAUAGCAUUGAAAAGAUAACAAACAUUUUCAUACACCUUCUACCAGGGGUUGCCAUGUACGUCAUCACACACCAGCUCCCAUACGAUUACAAGCUUACCAGGUUCAGUGGAUCAAUAAAGCUACAGCGUUGGGAUAUAAUGUAUGGUAUUUUCAACACCUCAAUACUCUACUUUGCGUGGCAAUUGUGUUACCAUUAUUUUAUCACAAUCCGUAAGGCCGAUAAGAUUAAAAAAGGUAAGAUGACAUCUUUCGAGUAUCUGAGAAAGGCUUUUGCAGAAAGACCAAUAGGCAAGUUUGUCAAUUCGUUACCUGAGCCUUUUCCAGUGGUUGCGUUUACAAUCAUCCAGUAUGGUUUUCAGCUAAUUACAAUGUCUGUUUGUCCUUUCCUCUACUCCUACAAACACGUUUGCUCGCUUUUUGUUUCUUUUAUUUUUCUGUGCGCAACCUACAAUGGUGCAACGUAUUAUGUCGAUUUCUAUGGGAAGAAGUUCCAAAGAGAAGUAAUGAAACUUCAGGAAGAAAUUGAAUUGUUACAUUCAGCAUCUGAGCAUGAUCAUGAAAAAAGGGGAGAGUUGCAGAAAGAUAAAAAAGUUUCUGAUGAUGGAAUUUCUUGCACGGAUAUGCAAAGGCGAAGGAUUGACUCGAUCUCUGUGUCUGAGAUUAUAUGAUAGUCAUUAAAGCCAUUCAAACAGAAAACGUAGCUGUUUAGUUUCUUUUGGAGUUUGAAAAUUGAGUAACGUUAUAUAUACUUUUUUGAGCUUAGGUUUUGAGAGCGUGAUGUACAUUUAUCCAGUACG